ACCCACCACCAGGUGGUCCAGCGCAUCAAAGCCAUAGCGAAUGAGACACGGUUGUUGGUUAUCGACAGAGAGGCGGAUGAGUAUCGGCGGCUUUCACAGACCAGUUCGCCUCCGGAGUCUCAGCCCAAUUCCAGCGCCCCUUCCUCCCCCUCUGUGAGUAACAAUAAUGGCGACGUUUGGAAAACCAAGAACGACACCACCAUCGAAGACCAGCUUCAGAAUAACCACAGCACGGAGAACGGCAAACAGGACGUAAACGGACAGGUGAAGGAGAGGCGCCCCCGUCUGUGUAACUUACAGAAAGGAACCAGUGGCUACGGAUUCAACCUGCAUAGUGAGAAAUCCCGGCCGGGCCAGUUCAUCCGUUCUGUGGACCCCGGAUCCCCAGCAGCCAAAGCUGGGCUGAGACCGCAGGACCGCCUGGUCGAGGUGAAUGGACAGAAUGUGGAAAACAUGAAGCAUUCCGAAGUGGUGGCCAACAUCAAAUCCAAGGAAAAUGAGACCACGUUACUUGUGGUGGACCCAGACACAGAUGACUACUUCAAGAAGCUGGGACUCGCCCCCACAGAAGCCUAUAUAAAAGGAGGUUCCAUUCCCCUGCCACUGACUAAUGGAACGACCAAGACACAGCUUAAUGGCGGAUCAUCGACUUCCUCAUCUCACAGUGAUCUGCAGAGUCCUGACAAAGAUUCACAGGGAUUCGACGAGUCCAAAAAGGAUCCCUUCGAAGAGAGCGGUUUGAGUCUCAGCCCCACGGCGGCGGAGGCCAAGGAGAAGGCGCGGGCUAAGCGAGCCAACAAACGGGCCCCCCAGAUGGACUGGAGCAAGAAACACGAAAUCUUCAGCAACUUCUGAUCCCUCCCUCUUCACCAACAGCCGGGAUGAGAGCGUUCCCUGGACUUGUACCCCUCUCCCGCCACCUAUAUAUAUAUAUUAAAGACAAAAAAAACGAAACCACUGCGGAUUAACAGGCGCGGCGAGGAUUAAAAACCGACUAACGAGAGGAUGUCACCAAAUCACUUGUUUAACCCUUUCAGUUGCGUGGCUUUUCAAGGCAUUUAACGCUGACUUCUUUUUUGUCUCUUCAGUGCCAGAGGCACCCCACCAGCUUUGCAGGAGGGAGCCGGCUUGAUCUCCGAUCCUUUUGCCGGCUCCCAGAGUCCUUUGGCGCGAACCAAACUUCUCCGGCAGCACCCUAUGGGCAUUAUUGUCAGGCUGGCUCGUGGACCUGUCCUCCACUGGAGAGCCUAACUUAAGACUGGAACUAUUAUUGGAAGCCAGAAAAGAAACGGAACAGGAGCAGAGGGCUUGCAGCAGCUCAGUACGGGGCGGUUCAUUGUGGGAAGUCAGGCCAGCGAGUCUCUACAGCUGCAUUGUAUUCUUCCUCGUGUGUUUAUA